GCACGCUUUUUUUUAAGGACUAAAAUUUGAGACGAGAGCGAACCCUUUGGAUCGAUCGUCCUCGAUGAAUGCAAACGUGUCGUGUGCAUUAUGUGUCGCGCGUAGGCGUGUUUGCUUCGUUUCGUUUCACGUAGAUCCAUGUCAUCCCGUCUUACCUUCUCCCUUUUUUCUCUUUUUCCACGAAUUACUUAUCUUCUUUAUCGUACACGGACACAUCAUAUACUUCUUUACAAGUUUUCGAUUAGCGAUCGAUUCGAACUUUGCGCGUAUUUCGAACGCAGAGGGGAAGAGUGCGUUUGACAAAGGAGAUUCUCGCCGCGGCGCAGCAACUUUCCCAAUCGGAAAAAACGAGCGCGUUAAUUCGCGAGAAAAGAAUCCAGAUGGAAAAUAUCCCGCGUUUGCUCGAUCGUUUGGAAAAAUUCCAAUAACGCGGACUGAGAUCUUGACGCUCGCGAUCCUCGAUCUUUCUUCCCGUUUCGUCUACGGAAUUUAACCCUUUCAUAAUUUACCAAUCGUUUUUUCCCAAAUAUCUUUUAUUCCACUUGUAUUCGUAAGCGAGUGGAUGAAUCGUCGUUGAAUCGAAAACGGAUCCCUAAAUUGAAAUUGGAUCAUUUUUGUUUCGAAUCUGUAAAUUUUGAGAAAUUUUAUUUUUAUCGAAAACGAAAAAUUCGAAAUGCAUCGAUUUUCGUUCGAUAACGAUUUUAACGUAUUCGUUAAUAAUUGUCGAAAGUUGUCGAAGAAAGAGAUGAAAAAAAAUAUCUAUGCACGAUAUUAUCCAUAGAAAUGGCAAGUGGUUAAGGAUUGAAAACGUUCGUUCUUACAACGUGUAGCAGCGUAGUUCUCGAUCGAAUUUCAGAGCGCAUGCCGGAUUCGUUAACCGGAUGAAUCGUCGUUGUGAAUGAAUUCGUUAUCUGAGGAAAUGGUCGCGACUCGCCAUGCUGCGUGAGUCGUAUCGUAUCGCGUAAGGUCAGCCUUAUGGAGGAGCCGCCCGAAUCGGGCCAAAAAUCGCACGAAAUUGAUAACGGUAAUCGAUACGCGCUUGCCUUCGGUUUUAUAAUCGAUUUUUCCCCUCUGCAGCUGCGACGAGAGUGAAAAGCGAUUCUUCGUAGGUAAAAAAAAAAAAAACGAGGGUUAACACGGUCGAUAUAUCGUAUUUAUCGAAGAAAUUCGGUACAUGUAUUUCGCGAUUUCACGAGAUGUUUUCGCGAACAGCACGCAUAUGCGUGCGGAGCGUGCGCGCAGGCCACCGCUGGUUUACUUUAGAGACUGCUGCUCCCUCUCUCUCUCCCUCUCUCCCUCUCUCCGGCGCGCGGGACCGCGGUUCAAUGUCGUCAGAAGCAGUCAACAACAAUGUGUAACCGCUAAAAAUACUCCUCUCUCUUUCCUCUUUUUUCUCUCUCCCUCUCUCUCUCUUUCUCUCUCCGUCUCUUCGAUUCCCGGGUGUCCGUCCUCCGUCCUACUCUGCGCCCGUUCAUGAGUUUCCUUCGCCCGCCUUGUUUCUUCUCUCCGUGUCACCGAGAACUCGAGUCCAUUGCCACCAUCGCUACGCCACUUUGAAUAACCGCCGCCCCGCGGUAAUAGUUUCCUCCCGAGUCUUAGCGGCAAGUUCAAGACCUCUCUCUCUCUCUCUCUCUCGCGCGCGCGGACCCUAUUCGUCGGAAACGUUUUAUUUAUUCCGCUUACGUUUUCUUCGUAUUAUCGUUUUCAUCGAAAACUCUGCCGCGUUCCUGCCCACCACUUACUCUCGCGACACGGUCAACGACGAGCUCUCGAUUAUGUCGUUCUCCGAACCGAACUUACGUAGAUACUUACCUUGCUCGUGUCGGCCGAUGUUUGCGCGACAAUAGGAAAGAGUUAUACCCGAGAUAAGAGAUACGAACGCGCGCGACGCUAUCUCGCAGUCGUUUCUACGAUACGUUUUCUCGCCGUUACGGUACGAUCCGCGAAAGUUGGCGGAUGAAAAUUCCGAGCCGCCCACUUACGCGCUCUAGGCGCCUCAUCGCUCGGGAAUCGAUGGUCGCCCAUUGCGAUUUCGACCGAUGCGAUGAUCGCUUCGCAAAUAUAGAGAUGGCGAUCGCGUCAAGUUUCGAUUUUCCGAAUCGCGAAUCACGAUUCCGCGGAAUCCGAGAUCGUUAUUGGGAACGUGUCGGCCGAGCGGAAUGUCGAGAAAAUUCGUGAGUCAGCUCAACUGCCUACCGAGAAACCGGUUCUUCGCGCUAUGAGAAAUUAUGACUCGAAUGCUCGUGCGACGAAUACCCGAGUGUCUUUGAGGCUGACCGCCUCUUCGCCGUUGAUCGUCGUCUCGAAUGGGAAUUCGAUCGAUCGGCGGGCAACCUCCCUCUUUUCUUCUUCUUUUCUUCGUCCGCGAGUGACGCGGAGCGAGGAAGGGCUCGUAACAAAAACAAAGUGAAUUUUUCCUUCGAGGCUACUCUUUAUCGAGGCUUUAUCGUUCGAAUAGAAUAUUGUAAUUACAUUGUAAAUAUAUUUCGAUGCAAAGUCUACGCUUUCGUCAUCGCUAUUCGCGUUAUGUCGAUAUCUCGGUUGAAACUGUUAUUUAGUAGAUUAUACGUUUCUCUUUUCUUCAAACUGAGAGAGCAACGAUUAUUCUAUAACGUUUAUACGAAUUUCUCUCUCUCUCUCUCUCCGAAUAAUCCGGGAACGAAACAAUAACUGGAGUAAAACAGCAUCGCGAUGAACCGAUGAACGGGCCAUGUGAUCGGACUCGAAUGCGUAUUAAAUUGCGUAUCAAAGGUCGCGCGAGAUUGCGCUCUCCUCUCUUCCCUUCCGUUCUCUCGCGCGAUUUCUCACCGAUCAUCUUACGUUUCCGUUUCGUAUUUCAAAUGUACCGCGUUAUCGAUCGAUUCCGCGAGAGCGGUUCGAGAGAGAGGGAGAGAUAUCGGCAGACGAUUUCUCACCGAUUAUCGCGAGGAGUUUUGUUAAACGAUAAGGGUGAAAUCCCGUUGAACGAGAGAUGCUGCCGGAUCGAUUCGCGCCGACAAAGACGACUCCUCGAAACUCCCUCUCCUCUCCCUUUCGCUUUCUCUUUACGAGCGUCGUCCUGCUAACUCGUGGAAAGUUGGUCCCCUUAAUUGCUAAUUAAUCCUAAUUGAUAAUUCCCUCGAUAGUGUUAGAGGGAAGUAAUCUCCAAGUAUGUUUACGCGAAACUUUGGACGAGCAAUCGUCGGAUCUUGGUCCGACAUCUCGUCAACCUCGUCGAUCCGCGCUCCCUCCCCCGUUUCGCCUCUCGUCCCUCCUCCCAGCCGAAUCGAUCUUUCUCAACGAUCGAUCGCGCCGGGAAAUCUCGACCCAAGCUCGAAAUAUUUGCCCGAUCCGCUACGUUACACGCGUUUCCUCGAGAUUCCAUUUUUUUUCUCUCUUUCAUUCUUUUUUUUUCCUUUUUUUCUUUUCGUCGAUGUCGUUACGCGUCGAAAAAUUAAAAGCACCCGUAUGAAGAGAAACCGUGUUUUCGAUCGGUGCGUCGAUAACGCGUCCCGUACGUAUGUAUCUGAUCGUCUUCUACUCUCGAUCCCGAUUCAACGUUGAAUCGCGUAACGAAGCGAACGUUUUCGUAGAGAUGAUUCGAAAAUAGGGGAAAAAAGAAGGUAGGAACGUAAUACUUUAUGCAACGGUGCGAUGUAACAGCGAUAUAACGAGGAUAUAACUCGAGUGUGUGCAGCGUAAAGCAAAUAUUUGCGCACCGGAGCACGUUCGAAUCGCGGAGAACUAGAGAAGAUGGAAGAAGCUAGAGCGUGAUUCCGAUUGCUCGUAAAAAUCGCUCGUAUUCCGCGCUCGAAAGUCGACAAUUACGAUACUACGGGCGAUAACGUGGUGGAAUUAAUUAACACGAUGCUCGAACGUCGAUUAUUCUUUCCCAUUGUCGUCGUGAACACACACACGUAUGUUCAACGAAUCUCGAUUUUUCUUCUCGGUUGCCCUACUUGUGCCCGCGAUCUUGCGUCCCUCUCGCGAUAUUCGCGUUGGGAAGAUAGGCGGACGACAAUCGGUAUCGACCACGCGUGACGUUUGCCCAACACGUGAGGAAAAUGCGAACGUAAACGUCACGCGUGUCACGUGAUCUGCGUAGGAGCAAAAAGCAGGGACGACGACGACGAAGCGGACGAACGAACGAACGAGAAGAAACGAGGAGAAGCAUAGGCGGUCGCGGCGAUACGCGGCGUAUUUUCGUUUGUGAACGAAACGUGAGUGGCGCGUUAUCGGCACACGUCAUCGGUAGCCGAUGAUCGGUCGGAGGAACGGGCGUGCACGGACGGCCAGAUAAAUCGAUAUGUCGGUGAAAAAUUAUUUCACGAUACGCGAGCGUAGUCGGUCGAUUCAAAGGUUUCGUCGAGGCGGAACGUCGACGUUUCGCUAAUGAAAUCGAUCGUCGUGAAUGAAAUGCUGCAUCGUCGCGACGUCAAGCGCCACGUGACUUUUAAAUGUAUGCUCGUGCACGGCUCUCCGUGCGCGAAACCUCGUACGUACGUGCACGCGCACACACGUAUACGUAUGCACGGAUGGAUGUCGGCCCGUUCGAGGUCGUUCCUCGACAGCGUCCAACGAUAACGCAACAAAACGUUCCCCGAGUUUUCGUUUUUCUACGUCAGUCACUCGGUAAUACUCGGAGUACGCGUCAUUAGUAUUCCGCGAAACUCGUUCGUCUCGAAUGCGAAGGCGCCUCGUUUCUUCCACGAGCCGUGAUUGCGAAAAAAAAAAAAUAAAAAAUAAAUAAAAAGAGGAAAGAAAAAGAAGGCGAAUACGCGGAUUUGUGACAUCGAGAUCGAAGAAAUAGCGAUGUGGAGAGGAAAAGUGAUACGAGCGGAAGAAUAAUCGGUUUCGCGUAAGAAUUCGAGUACGAUGACGAUGGCGAACUCGAAAUUAUCGAUAGUUGCUCUCCACUCUAUCGGCAAUUCGGUGUCAACGAGGAGACAAAGAGACCAGCCGAAAAUGAUACGAUCGAUGGUAUGCGGGAACGUAAGCACGAGCGGGAGCGCGAGCUCUUUGUCGUUCGUACGAAGAGGAAGAAGAAAACUUUCAACGAGUCGCGCGUUCUCACAACUGCCAGUCCAGAGGCUACGAACAAAUCUAAUUGGCUGGCACGAGCGUGUUAGUGCGGCACAUUCUGGAAAACGGAAUAUACCAUGAAGCGACGCGUGUGUCGCGUGUGACGAUGUACAACGACACGGGAAGGUAGUAGUGACGCGGAACCGAAUAUCGUUGGUACUCUUCGUCGUCGUCGUCGUCGUCGUCGUCGUCGUCGUAUUCGUAGUUCGUAGUUCGUAGUCGUAGUCGCCGCGCAACGUUGUUUCACACAAUCUCCUCCCUGCGUGUCCCCGCUUUCAGACGGUGGAUUAUAAGGAAUGUCGAGGAACGGUGCUAUUUCUGCCGCGUCUCUAUUCCGUAACAAUCAGGGACGUACCGAGCGAAGGCGUUUCUCUGUCUCGCAAUGAUCCUCGCUUCACCAUGCAGAUCUCUCGCGCUUAAUCCCAAUUUAAUCGGGAGCAUAUCGUUUGACGCUCCGUGUUCGCGAGCUACUUUUAGAACGAUUGUGCGCUAUUCUUUGAUACCGAUUAUUGUCUCUGAUCGAGGCGAUAUCGAGGCUACUUUCUAACGCGUAGAAAAUUAUCUCGCGUAUAUAUUUGAAAGAAGAUUUUUUUUUUAUUUUCAUUUUUUCACGUUCGAUCGCACUUCGUGUCGUACAUUUAGCAAAUUUAAUCUCGAUACCGAUCGAGAGCGAUCAACAUAUUCGUAAUAACAAUUUGGUAUAUAGAGCGCGUUUCAAAGUUGAUCGUGUUAUAACGACAACGUGGUGGUACGCGGCGUUAAGUAUGCCGAGAAUUCGUAGCGGAAACGAGAGAUCCACGCAUAACAACGUAACAGUACCGGCGGCAUAGAAAAUAUGAUUUUCCGCAUAGCUUGGAAUUCGUUGCACUCCGUGUUCGUUCCGUGGCACGCGCGCGCUCGUUUACCGGUUCGACCGAUUCACCACCGCGAACGCGCGACAAUCGGAAUCCUAUACUUUUCGAUACAAGCACGAAGCGCGUAAAGUCCGGGACGCGAUAGCACGGCAAAAGCGAGGCGCUAUGAAUUUUUCAACAGGCCAAACCAGCCAUAUGCUCGUCUCACGUGACAGCCCAUAUCUGUAGAAUCCCAGCGACCUGUGCCACAUAAUUUUCCGCGUACACACGAUGCACGGACGGAAUGUUGUGUCACGCUUACGCUGCUCUCACUUCACCCUAUACGCGUCCGUAUUCACAAACACGCGCGCAUACACGCGCGUAUACGUCGGGCUUUUAUCGCGCACGCAUACACGUAAACGUAUCGCAGUACAGCGCCACCCCGAAUACCGGAUGUGACGACACUCGCGCACUUGGCCCGACGCACUCUUGAGAUGCCCCCUCCCCGCCCCCUUCUUCUCUUGCUCUAUUUCUCUCUUCCUCUAUAUAUUUCUUUCCCUCGGUUUCUUCCUCCCUUACCCAUCGCCCUCCCCUCCCUCCCUCCUUCUCCGCUUCCCCGCUCCCGCCUCCCCUCUCCCGCCGCGGCGCACACUGCUCGGUACGCGAGUAGUCUCUCCCUCUGCUCCCCUAGUACCCCUACCCCUCCCUUACGCUCUCCCCUCCUUAACAGGGCGCUAUUUACCCUCGCAGUUUCGGCGACGACCGAGCGCGGCGCUGCGCUCUUGCGUCGCAUCUUGUUCGGUGUGCGUUGCGUCGACGUGCACGGCGGCGUCAGACUCACGUUAGCGCGCACAGUCCCACGCGGAACUUCGCGCGUGUCCGCUGCUCAAAGUGUCAUCGCGAAUCGAAAGUUUCGCGUUCGCGUCCGAUUUCGCCGUGUCUCUCAUCUCCGUCCGUCGAGGGACGAGCAACGAAACACGGUUCCCUCGUGUCGUGUCGAACGAGAACCGUUCUCGAUUUCACGGCCGUCGGGCCACGCCGUCGAUCCGGACGACGAUGUCGCGUGUGUGCCAACGAAACCUACGACCCGCCGUUAACGGAAAAGGAAAAAAGACGGCGGGAGAAAGGAGGAUGGAGGACGAGGGAGGAGAGAGAGAGAGAGAAAACAACACAUUCGCGGCCAUUUUAACUGCGUCGUACGCUAACCCGGGCCACCCAGUGUGUAGUACGAGAGUCGGAGAACCUCCGUAACGUCGCCGCUCUCUCUCUCCUUAGGCUUAAACUGCGUCUCUCGCGUGUGCGCUUUGCUUCUGCGCACGCGAGUCGGUACAUGUUUUCUCACGCAUACAUCGGACCGUUCAUGACGCUCGUGCGUUACGCACACUUUCACGUUUUCGACAGAGUUGUUUGUCGCGUUCGGGACCGUGUUUCGUCACGAUUCGAAGCCGAGUCGCAGAAAAUUGACAGUGACGGGGGAGAGGGAGGGGGGGAGGGGAGAAGAGAGGAAAGGAAUCGUACGUAUGGAACCGUCGAUACAGUGACAAAACGGGGAGAAGCGACACGCGAACGAACCAACGAACGAACGAACGAACGGUCAACGGAACGUGUGCGCUCGACCGGUAUGUUUGCUCGUUUCGUGACGCGAAACGCGCCAAUCGGCAAACUGGCGAGAACAAGGAAUAACCGCUGGUUCUCGUACAAUGGGCAAAUUGUGACGCAGAGUGCGAAGAACGUAUACGGUCGUAAUCGAGGAAAUCGUCCCCCUCGUGAAAUUCGACGAACACGAGGACGAUAACGAAGGAAGGAAGGAACGAACGAUCAAUCGAAAUAGAAGAGCGAGGAAAUUUGUUCAGCCGGUAACAACGAACUUGACAGCGACCGGAGUUAUCCUAUGAUAAACCGUGCGGAAGAAGAAAUUGGAAAUGGACGACGAUGGGAUAAUUAAAAGUGCGCGAAGAGUAUCGAGAAACGAAAUACAAGGUGUGUGUGGUGUGUGUAUAUGUAUAUAUAUACACCACAUAUAUAUAUAUCUGUAUAUGUAUAUAUGUAUAUGUAUAUACAUACACGACACGUAUAUACGUAUAUGUACCGUGUCGACGAGACGAAGAAUCGUCGUAAAUAAAUUCUGUGGUGAGACGGAGGAGCGAGGAAAAGACAAGGAUGGAAGGAUUUACGGCAUUAAACGACGACGAAGCAUGGUGGACGAUAGGAUAGAGGGAAAGAACCGAAAACCCAAUCUAUCGACUUCGACGUCUCGCAUUCCCCGCGAUCGAUCACCAACCUGAGAAUACAGCCCGACCGUUUUCAACCGAAGAUGCACCGUCCGCGUUUUCUCCAAUCGUUUCCUCACACCGACACUCUCGCACCGUCCAAUGAUGCGUCUGCCGUGCGUUGUUCAGGAUUUGGAACGAACCCGUCCUACUUUCGUCUUACGAGACAGAGAAUCGGAAGGAUGUUGGUCGAGGUAUUUCGCACUGCUGCAAACAAUGGAACGAAACUUAACGUGAACGAAGUGAUGCAAUCGGUGCAACAGAUUGUCGAAGACCCUGACACGCAAGUUCGGUUGGACCUGGUGGAGCAUAUACCUCAUGUCGCGACGAUCUGCCAAGAAUCUCCUCAUCUAUUCGACAAUGUCGUUCACGAUCAUUUACUUGGUAUCAUUAUCAAAUAUCUACAGGAUCAAGAUAAUCAGGUACGAAUGACAGCCCAGACAGCGGUGUUAACGUUAACGAAGAAGGGAGUUCUCGACAACAUCACGAUCGAGGUCAAACUGUGUCCCGUAAUAGAAACCCUCUGUAGGUCCGUCGAUUUCCUUAGCUCUGGCAUCUCCCUCAUGUGCAAAAUGGCGCCGCUCAUUGGCAAAGAGAUGACGGAAAAGAUUUUUCUGGAUAGAUACAUCGCUCUCUGCAAAGACAAAGAAUUUUAUACGAGAAAAAUCUGCGCGUCGCACUUUGGCAAACUUUGCUCCGCUGUUGGGAGGAAGACCCUUUUCCGAAAAUUGUUUCCGGUAUUUGUCGAUCUGUGUUGCGAUACAGUGUGGGGUGUCCGAAAAGCGUGCGUGGACGUUAUGAUGCCAGUUUCGUGCUGUAUGACUCUUCAACAUCGUCGAUUACUCUUGGCAGAUCUUCUUGCCACGCAUCUUAACGACGAUUCGAAGUGGGUGCGAAUGUCUGCCUUUCAAAUUUUAGGACCAUUUAUAUCUACGUUCGCGAAACAGUUUACCGAAGUGACUUAUAAUCAACACGGUGAAUUAGUAUUUACCAGCCAACAAGAUACUCGUUUCAGUAUAAGGUAUUUGUACGAAGGAAUAUUCCCCACCAAGUGCGCGAUACGAAGUCAUACACUCGACGCAGAGGAUAAUAAUUCUAAGGAUAACUUCAAUUUAUCUGUGAUAAUACAAAAACCAAUCUUCGAAGAAGACGAUGACGAGGAUGAGUCUCAGGAAGAUCAUAUUUCCAGGAUGAGAGCUUAUAAAUCGAAGAUACAGAGAAAGCAUCUAAAAAAUGACAAAGAUGAUCAAAAUACAUUGGACGACACGGAAAAUUUUAAUCCAUUCCUGUACUAUUACAUAGCACCGGAUCUUCCAUUGGACGACGAACUUGUCGAAGCUGCCAAAAAAUCUGCGGCGCAAAAUAAUGUAAAUCGGAAACAGCCGUUGAUCGGCGUUACAGCUUCUAGUAAAGCAUCGUUAUUAGAUAACAUGUUAAAAGAAGAUAAAUAUUCGACGGACAAAUUCGAUGUUAUCAAUUUCAACGAUCAAGAGAUCGUUCCUCAACAUUUGAUCGAUUCGUUUUUGUCAAUGGCCGAGCCGGAACAAUGUUCAGACAUGGGCACGGAUAUUCCUCAUCAUUGCGCUUUUAGCUUUCCCGCGGUUGUGCUCACGUUAGGGAAAGAAAAUUGGCCAUAUUUGAAGCAAGCUUACCAAUCUUUGGCAAGUGCCAAUCAAUGGAAAGUGAGACGCACAUUAGCCUCCAGUAUCCAUGAAAUCGCUAUUAUUCUUGGAGAGGAACUUACCGUCACUGAUCUUGUUCCGAUCUACGAUGGAUUUAUCAAAGAUUUAGACGAGGUCAGAAUAGGUGUGCUCAAACAUCUAGCGACAUUUUUGAAAAUACUCAAACCGACCGAUCGUCGCCAAUAUUUGCCAAGACUGAAGGAAUUCCUUUCCACCGAUACCGAGUGGAAUUGGAGAUUUCGAGAAGAGUUGGCUACUCAGUUGUUAGAAGUUGUGAAUCUGUUUAACCCUGCGGACGUAGAACGGCACAUAGUAUCAUUGUCUCUUGAAUUGUUGCGCGACAAAGUUGCCGCUGUGAGAUAUGUUGCGCUUUCUUUGGUUACGCAAAUAGUAGCUCAUCUGUCUGACAACGAACGUCACGUAACGGCGCUAUUUCAAGAGCUUAGAUUUUCUCUUGUGUAUGCAAAAAAAUGGAUCAGAAGGCAGACGUUCGCUUUUGUAUGCGCCAAAUUAAUAUCCAGCAACGCUAUUAGUGGGGAUAGAUUUUCCCAGGAAAUGUUACCUAAUUUGUUAAAAUUAUCCACCGACAAAGUACCAAACGUAAGAUUAGUUGUAGCGAGAACUUUAUCGAAGAACGUUAUUCCUAUGGGAUCAGAAUGGUUGGGAGUCGAACAGGCGGAAGAAGUGGAGAAAAGACUCAGAGAGAUGAGAUCAGAUCCGGAUAGAGACGUUCGAAUGCUAGCCGGUGGCGAGGAGAAUUCUGUAUUAGAUAUAUUGUCGCAAACGAAAACCGAACAAUCGAACAAGAACAUAAUGUUUUAACGAACUCGAACGAGAAUCAAGUUCUAAUUAAUUUCCUGCCACGUGAAACAAUUUUAUAUCGAACUCUGCCAAAUGAAAGAAUGAAGAAGAAAGGAUGUCGUAUGAAAGUUCUUCCACGUGUGAAUUAUCUUUGUAAAGUUUGUAAGAGGAAAAUUAAUUGGAUGGAAGAAAUAACAAUUUUGUUAUAUCAAGAAAACGAAUGAAAAAGUUUUUUCGAAGAAUAAGCUGGUGUAUUUGUGAUGUAAAAAAAAAAAAAAAAAAGAAAGAAAGAAUGAAAGGAAAAAAAGAAAAAUGAGCUCAAGUUUUACAGAAGCGAACAAACAAAAUAUAAUACCAUUUAGUGCAGUUAAGAUAGAAAAAGUGCAACUUAGCGUUGUUGUUGCAACCAAGGGACCGAUGCCCUUUUAGAUUAUAAGACAGAUUAUAAAUAUCAAUGGUUAAAAGACAUUGCACAGUUAUAUAAGAGUGUGUGUGCGUGUUUAAAAAGAAGUGAACAUACACUGCCACUCAAAAGUAUUAGGACAUUCAAUUGUAAUAAAUACUUGUAAAAAGUUAUGAAAUCAUCGAAUACUGAAAAUUUCACUAAAUUUUAUGUACUCUAUUUUGUACCGUAUUAGAGAGAAUAUAUUUUACCGAUAAUUCCUUAAA